UGAGUUGCUAAAGGAAAAAUAAUUAAGCAGAGACUCCGAAAUGGCAAGUCUACCAUACGCCACCUACCGUUCCCGUCAUACGCGGCUAACGUUAGCCAUAUUUCCACAGCCAUGAAUACGGUGGCUUGUUGGCUUACAAUUAUCCCCACGUGUCGUAAUUGUCGUCCACGACGGCGCACACACCACCCUCCACCACUUACCAACUCCGCUAACGUGCGCUCCUAUCUGACACCAACCACCAUUAUAAUGCGCCUUCUCUCUCUCUCCCUUAUCUCCUCGAUUAUAACGUGAAAUCGCCGCCGCGAGAAAACCAUCGCAUCAAAAGCCAUUGAAUCAUGUCCGAUCCCGAUUCUCCGUCCAAUCACGAUCCAUCUUCGCCGCCGCGGCAAGCUCUCCUCCCUUCCACCGCCGAUCCGAAGACCGACCCCGUCCCGGCGACGUCCAAGAGCUCGAGGCGGUUGCCUCCGCCGUGCUGGUCUCUCGAGGAGACGACGGCGCUGAUCGACGCCUACGGUGACAAACGGCGCGAUCUCGGCCGCGGAAGCUUGAAGGCGGACCACUGGGAGGAGGUCGCGGAGGCGGUGGCCGCCGCGUGUCCCGGCGUGACGCCGAGGAAAAUGGCGGUUCAGUGCCGGCACAAGAUGGAGAAGCUAAGGCAGAGGUACCGCGCGGAGAUCCAGCGGGCGAGAUCCGUGCCCGUGGCGAGGUUCGUCUCCUCUUGGGUUCAUUAUAAGCGUAUGGAAGCCACGGAGAACGACGACGGAGGAGGAGGUCCGACGCCGAGGUUUUUUAACCGGAAUGGUGGUGGCGGCGGCGGGAUUAGGAUUCGAAUACCGACGGGUGUGAGCGUUGCGGGGUCCGGUAAGUACAAGGCGAGUCUAAGUUCAGGUGUUAGUACAAAUACGAGACCUGGUCGUGUCGGAGCAGAUGAUGAGAGAGGGAGUGAGAUGAUGAUGCCGUGUAAUGAUGAUCCAAUUGCGAGUGCGAUCAAGCUACUCGGAGAUGGGAUGUUGAGGACUGAGGAGAAGAAGAUGGAGAUGGUGAGAGAGAUUGAAGCGAUGAGGAUGGAGAUGGAGAUGAAGCGGACAAAGAUGAUUUUGGAGUCGCAACAACGGAUUGUGGAGACAUUUGCUAAAACUAUGUCGGAGAUGAGGAAGAAGAAAGCAACAAGAGUGUCUUCUUCAAUGGAGUAAUUAAUUGUGUGUAUGUUGUUGAGCUUAGUGUGUGUAAAGUAUCAUCCACCUUUUAGUUUCCGCAUGAAUGUUGUUAUGUGACAUUAAUGGAGUAUGAACUUCUUCA